CUUUGCUUGUAGCAUUGAAUGUGCCGCCAAAUUCACGGUGGUCUGUCUGUCAAUCCGUGAAGGUAAGGUGGACUUUGCAUUGAAUGCUCGUCUGUGAAUGAACGCGUUAUGCAUUCGACCAUCUCGUCACUCUCCUUCUUUCUACUCCGUCCGUUCGUCGACUUCCCUCUUCUUUACCAUGAUCUACUCCCCGGCCAAUCCACCUGCAUACUGGGAAGUAUGUCUUCCGUCAGGAACUGGAUAGCUGGUUGGUUUGAAACCUCAACAGAACCCCAGCAGACACCGUCUCCUCCCACGUCGCCGGUUGUCAGAUCCAUCCGACCCAUCCCACAAAGGUCAGGUCUUCGGCAUGCACCCGCUGUGCCGGCCUCCAAGGCUGCGGGCGCCGUGCUUGCAACUCACACUCCAAAAGCUCCGGCAACUCUCGUCCCUGCAAAGCGAGUAGCACCUGAAAGCCUGGACAAUGGCCCGAACAAACGAAUCAGGCAGCCAGGGGGAACGGAUAGCCAAAUUCCUCGACCGGAUGUGCGCCAGCCUUUCGCGGCACGUACCCGUCACGAUUCAUCGGACAACACUCCCGGCGUAUCAGAUGGGAAUGCUCGCCAGACGAUCACUCCUGAUAAUGCAGGCGAAGCUGUCACUCUCACAUAUCCCACCGAUCAUGGUCCCUUCCAGGGUGAAGUUCCCAUGGAUGGAACGGAUCCGCAGCUCGAAGGAAAGAUUCGUUCUGGGGGUCUGCACCACGCUCGCCUCCAGGACUCUUCUCACGCGCUACGCAAAAAAGUGACCGCCUAUCUGAACACCAAACGAGAUGAUAACCCAGCACCAUCGACGGGAUCGGACAACAUCGUCCGCAAAAGGAAGUUUCCGUGGGAUGUCGAACAAACUACGUCAAGCAAGAAACGUGCACGAGUCGCAGAGGACCGGCGACUUCUCACAGCUAAACGCCAAAUUACACCACCAAGGGAUGGCAAGCAGCAAUUGCGUCUCGGGGGACUGUGGAGCAGGGAGUCAUGGAAGUGCAGUGGACCGCGCGGUCUCGACUUGUUGAUACGGAAGUGACGUGGGGGAAAUGAGAAUUGGAGAGACCUCUUCCAAACGUGUAGAGCGUCGUUUUCACCGACCACCCGCCACAUCAAGCAGGGCUCCGGUAACGUAGCUAGCCUUGUCGCUGAGUAGCCAAAUGAUUGCUUCCCCAACUUCGCUCGCCUCUCCUGGUCGCCCAAGCGGGCAAGCAUUGCCCA